GAAAGUUUUGAAAAUAUAUUAUUACUGGGGUUUAAAAAAAUUAAAUUGAGAGGAGAGAGACUAUGGUGAAAUCAGUAGUGGGCGAAGAACAGCAGCUUAAACUCGCCGAAGAUCGCCUCACUCAAUCCGGUCUCUCCUGCGAGGUAGGUCUUGUAAUUGGCAAGCUCAGCUCAAAAUUGGACAGAGGAUUCGUGUUCGAUUUAGUUCAAACGCCUAGAAAUGAUGCUGGAGAGCCUGCUUGCUCACUUGUCGAUAUUAAUAACAAUCAGAAAAACAAGAAUAAGAAAGGAGGCUCAUCAUCCUCUCCUCCUUUGUUGUCCAUCGAUGCCGAUUGGGUUUCCGAACACGCUCGUCAGGUCUCAAGAAUGUUGUUAGGCGGCAUGAAAGUGGUCGGGAUAUAUAUAUGGGCUAAUGAAAGCUCUUUUAAGAAUUCAACCUUAGUCCUCUGCCAGACUGUAAAAGGAGCAGCUGAAGCAGCGCAGCUGAAGGCCGCUGGUUUGGAUGAAAGUCUGCUUAUUCACAUUAGUUAUAGUCCAAGGAGAUGGACAUGUCGAAAUUGCACUGUGGCUUCAAACAUCACCUCAAGUAGCCUUCGACCAUGCGAUUUUAAAAUGGGUAAAGCUUUGGCUUCUCUUCAGACAUUUAGGUGCACAUAUAGCUUUGAUAUGAGACUGCCAAUAUUUCACGAGAAUAGAUCUAGUAUUGAAAGUUUGGCUGCCAUUCUUCGCCAUGGAAUUUCAAAUCAAGUUCAGGAGCUUAAAACUGCCAAGGCUUUAAUUGAUGGGAAGUUGGUAAUUGAUCUGGAGCAGUGUGCAUCCGAGGGUUUGCAUGACGUCGAAUUCCUUGUACCUUUUAUGCAGAAUACAGCUCUGGAAGGCAGUCAAAAGGAGGUUGUUGGUGUUCUCACUUUCAGGGGCUCUGUGUAUUCUUUUGCAUACAUAAACUCUAGAGAACCAGUUUCACAAGCUUUGGCUGAUAUAAAGGGAGACAUACUCACAAGUCUGCAAAGUAGGUUAGAUAUUAUCUGCGAUGAGGAAGACUCGGAAUCAGAUCCUAUUGCAGGCGGUGUUGCAGAAUUAAGGAAUGAUUUAUCCACUGAGAAACUUGGUGCUAAACUCGACUUGAAAUUUUUAAGUCAACAAUGCAAGAUUGCAUUUCCAAGAAGAGUAUUUGUACCAUGGUUGGCGGAUACAUACAUCUGUGACUACGUACAACCAUCUGAAACACUUGAGGUUCUUAAAGAUCAUUUUGUAGAGUUGAUGUCGGUGGAAGCCCCAACUGAUGCAUCUAAAAUCUUGGAGCUUGAAACAGAAGCACCCACAUUGGGAUUUUUUGCCUCCAAAUCUUUCUGGGAUAUGGUGAUUCCCAAGUCUUCAGGAAACAAGCCAUCACUGUCAGAGAGAAACAUAGUUGAUGCAGGCACCGUGGGUGUCCAGAAAUCUGUGAGAAGUGCCAACUUCAACAUCACAGCUGCUGUACUAAUUCUUGUCGUAUCUAUACUUGUAGGUCUUGCUCUUCUCUAUUUCAAGGGAUCUUCAUAACCAUCCCAAUACAAUACACAGAGCUUGAUGCUCGUAGGGCUUUUUGACGUGAAUGCAAAUGAAUAUUUAUGUAAUUUAAAGGCUUCGAUAAAGUAAAUAAAAAAUUAUCAACUUCCCUAGAUAA